AUGUCAAGACAGAACACAAGAUUAGACGUUAAGAAAGUUAAUUCUGAGUUAUUUACGUUAACUUAUGGAGCCAUAGUAUCUCAAUUAAUGAAAGACUAUGAAAAUGUUGAGGAUGUAAACAAACAGUUAGAUCGAAUGGGUUAUAAUAUUGGUGUCCGUAUGGUUGAAGAUUUUUUAGCACGUACUAAUGCUGGAAGAUGUUAUGACUUAAGAGAAACCGCAGAUAAAAUUCAGUAUGCAUUUAAAAUGUAUUUGGGUAUAACUCCGGCUUUAACUAAUUGGAGUGCUGCUGGAGAUGAGUUUUCCUUAACAUUUGACACUAAUCCACUAACAGAAUUUGUGGAACUACCAGAUAACUAUCAAAAUCUCAAAUAUAGCAAUAUACUUUGUGGAGCCUUAAGAGGAUCGUGUGAAAUGGUACAAAUGGAUGUGUCUUGUUGGUUUGUGCAAGAUCAACUUAAAGGCGAUUUGGCCACUGAAUUGCGAAUAAAGUUCAACAAACGGCUAGAAGACGCUAUACCUGCUGGAGAAGACUAA